GGGAACCUUCUUUUCCUGACUCCCUGCGGCCGCAGCUCAUCAUUUGUCCCUGAUCCUUGUGCUUCGUUCCUGUUGCGCUUUUCUUGGGCCAUCGGUGGACUAGCCGUCGCGAGGGAGAAGAAGGCCACACCACAGGCGGGGAGAGGUGCCUCGACAUUGCCUUCCCCACGAUCUUCUUCCUUCAUCAAUCACAGGCAGUCCGGUUUCAUCUGUUUUGCUCCCUUCAGCCCCAUUCUUGAUGCCCGUGGAUUAUGGUGCUUGCUCCCAAGAUUUGUUGAGCAAACUAAGCUGAGAUGGAAGGCCAUGUAGCAAUGGAGGAGUGGAAGGAUCCUAAUCCACCAGAAUCCUUGAUGCGGGGCUUCCAGACCGGAACAUUUCCACCAGACGCAGAGGUUGCCAAGGCCGGAUUUGAGAAGGAAGGCCGGUCGCUGCCAAUGACCCCGCAGUUUGGCCAGAAGUCCAGUCCGGGCAGCAGCCUCGCCGAGAGAAUGCAGGCAAGAGCUGGAUUCAGGGUGCCAAAGCUCAGCAUGCCGUUCAGCACUGCAGUUGGAGCUGAUAAUUCAGUGCCAGGAGCUCCAUCGCCCUACCUCACGAUCCCUCCUGGUUUGAGCCCGGCAACACUGCUGGACUCACCAGUCUUCAUUUCCAAUGGCAUGGGCCAAACCUCGCCAACCACAGGGAAAUUAUUCAGGCUUGGUGGAACAAAUGACAAUGAUCCUAUUAGAUUUGGAGGCUCUCCACUUGGAGCUGGCCCUGACUCAUUUUCUUUCAAGCCUUUAGAUCUGAAAUCCUCACUCUACACUGCUGAAGGAAAGAAGGAAUCUUUAUGCAACAAUCAGCCUCCACUACCAAGCACUCAUGUUUCUGUCAAGACUGAAACUAAGAUUCAGCCUGUACAAGAGGCCAAUUUGCUGGGCAAACUGAAUCAGCAGAAUCAAAGCGGGCAGACCAAUUUGAAGAGUGGUUCUCAUGACUCCAAGCUCAGCCGUCUUGCACCUGUCACUGGUGCAGGCAAUGAACACGUAUCAUCCCCGCACGGCCAGCCCAUGGAGGAAGGCGACGCUAGGGGAGGAGACUACACAGCAAUUGCCACAUCUACACCGGCAGAGGAUGGAUACAGCUGGAGGAAGUACGGGCAGAAGCAGGUGAAGCACAGCGAGUACCCGCGGAGCUACUUCAAGUGCACGCACCUGAACUGCCAGGUCAAGAAGAAGGUGGAGCGAUCGCACGAGGGGCAUAUCACAGAGAUCAUCUACAAGGGCACGCACAACCACCCGAAGCCCACUCAGAGUCGCCGCCCAGGAGUCCCACCCUUGCACCCGUUUGGCGACGGUGCGCAAGCGGAGGCGCCCGACAACCAAGGGUCACAUUCAAACGUGGCAGGAGCGAGGCUUAACAAUGCGGGUAUUGAGGACCUGCAUGGAGACGGCACGGAUGCGACGUCACCCCCCUCUGUUCCCGGUGAGCUCUGUGACUCGUCAGCAUCAAUGCAGAUCCAUGACGCCGGUGGUUUGGAUGUGACCUCUGCCGUGUCCGAUGAGGUGGACGGGGGCGACAGGGUGACUCAUGGCAGUCUGUCCCAGGGUGGUGCCGAUGCUGAGGGCGACGAACUGGAAUCCAAACGAAGGAAGCUGGAGUCUUACACCAUCGAUAUGAGCACCGCCUCAAGAGCUGUUCGCGAGCCCCGCGUGGUGAUCCAGACGACAAGCGAGGUGGACAUCCUCGAUGAUGGCUACCGCUGGCGCAAGUACGGGCAGAAGGUCGUGAAGGGCAAUCCAAAUCCAAGGAGCUACUACAAGUGCACGCACCCGGGCUGCUCGGUGCGGAAGCACGUGGAGCGCGCGUCGCACGACCUCAAGUCCGUGAUCACCACGUACGAGGGCAAGCACAACCACGAGGUCCCGGCUGCCAGGAACAGCGGCCACCCGAGCACUGCAACGGCGACGGGCGCGGCCGCCGCGCGCAGGCCGGAACACCCAUCUGCGCAUGACGGCCUGAUGAGGCACCUGGGCAGCUGCGGUGCGCCGUUCGCCCUGCCACUGCCGUCUCGGGAUCCGCUGGCGCCGAUGGUCAACUACCCGGCGUACGCCUCCGCCGCCCUCGGUGGCAGCGGCGGCUCUGGGUUGCUGCCGAGCCUGCUCAUGCCCGGAGGAGGACCCCUCGGGCAGGUCGAGGGGCUGAAGCUGCCCAUGCUGGCGCAGUCUUCGCUGCAGCAGCAGCACCCGCUGCUGAGGCACCGGCAGGCGAUGCAGGCCGCCGGGCUCGUGGCGCCCAAGGCGGCGGACGUGAAGGUCGAGGGCGCCGGUGCCGCGGCGCCGUCGGUGUACCAGCUGAUGCGCAACGGGCUGCCGCUGGGCCACCAGAUGUAGAUAAUAAAAGAGAAGAGGAUUAGAGAGCUCUGAGCGUGAUUCUCAAGUUAGUUGCUUACCAGUCGUGUUAGGAUUAGUUCGUGAUAAGUACUACAGCGUGGAAACAAGCACCAUCCCUUCUUGCUUCCGGUUUUUUCACCCUUUUGUUAGUUCCAGCAAUCUUUUACUGCUUCUAUUCAUUUUAGCUUCAGUUAAGUUUUCGUUCAGCAACAGCAUUUCUUUCUUUUAGUGGGUUCAGCAACUCCA